UCGAACUUGUAGGAAAGAUACCCACUACCCUUUGAGAACCCGAAACCCAGUAACUGAAACAAUGUAGUCAAAUAUGCAUCAACAACGUGAUGCGAUGCUGCUAAUGAGCACCUUAGCUGAAUCUCUCUACUCGUGUUGAGACAUGAUAAAGGAAGUUUGAACAGACAAACCUUUAUCAAAUCGGAAGAAAUUUUUUUGUGGUGGAAGUACCCGGAUGGUGAAUCGAACUCAAGGUCAACACGUUAAUUUAGGAAUACCAAUUAACCCCUUAUCCGACUCACCCACACCUUCCUCUCAGUUAAGAUUCUAGAUGCCUAUAUGGCUGUAGUAAAUAGAAAAAGAAUGAAGGAUUAGGAUGUGAUGAUGUAUUUAUUCGGGGUUGAUUCAUAACUCAUAAUUCAUAAUUCAAACCAUUGGUUUCAAAAUCAUGUAUGUAAUAAUACGCCUAUUCAAAACUGCCGCCACUAUUGAUUUUUUUUAAACCUUUUUGCCGCUAGAGGGUGGAUUUAGUGCGAUGAAAUGCCGCUUGGCGCUCACCAAUCGCUCGCGUGUUGCUAUUCUUCUGCGCCGAAGAAACGGCGGUUCGAUUGUGUUUGUUGUUGUGGUUUUUCUGGCGUUCCAAUAUGUCGAUUGAAACUCUCCAACCUGCUGAAACUAAUAAUAAACCUGCACAGGAAACUCGUGAGCCGAAAAAGGAAGAUGAUAAAAGUGGAGACGAAUACGAGAGGAAAGAUCAAGAUCCUCCACUGGAAAUCGGUGAACACUAUCUGGUGAAACGAGGAGAAGACUCUUGGCACCCGGCUGAAAUCAUUCAGAGGAGGUACAACAAAGCUCUCGGUCUGUAUGAAUACUAUGUUCACUAUGAAGGGUUCAACAGAAGACUUGACGAAUGGGUAUCUAAAGAAAAGAUUCUCAGCACGCAAGUCAACAUCAAUGAAACUCACUUUAGCAAAGGUGAGAAAGUCAGUUCACUUGAUCUCUUGUUGGAGCAGUCAGACAGAAAAAUCACCCGAAAUCAGAAACGGAAACAUGACGAAAUCAACCAUGUCCAAAAAACAUAUGCAGAGAUGGAUCCAACCACCGCUGCCCUAGAGAAGGAACACGAAGCCAUCACCAAAGUCAAGUACAUUGACAAAAUCCAAAUGGGGAAAUAUGAAAUGGACACUUGGUACUUCAGCCCUUACCCUGAAGAGUAUGGAAAAGUGUCAAAGUUAUGGAUCUGUGAGUACUGCCUCAAGUACAUGCGGAUGGAAAAAACGUACCGACACCACAUAUGCGAGUGCUCGUUGCGGCAACCUCCAGGCAAAGAAAUCUACCGAAAAGGCACGCUUUCCAUCUACGAAGCCGACGGGAAAGAGCACAAAAUCUACGCUCAGAAUCUUUGUCUCAUUGCCAAACUUUUCCUUGACCACAAAACCUUGUACUUUGACGUGGAACCUUUCCUUUUCUACAUCCUGUGCGAGAUAGACAAGGCUGGCGCUCAUGUUGUCGGUUAUUUCUCUAAGGAAAAAGAAUCUCCAGACGGGAAUAACGUGGCGUGCAUUCUAACCUUACCACCGUUUCAGAGGAAAGGCUACGGGAAACUGCUGAUUGCUUUCAGCUACGAGCUUUCCAAAUUGGAACACACGGUCGGCAGUCCUGAGAAACCCCUUUCGGAUUUGGGCAAACUCAGUUACCGCUCCUAUUGGUCUUGGGUCCUUUUAGAAAUCUUGCGGGACUUUAGAGGGUCGCUCUCCAUUCGUGAUCUGAGCCACAUGACGAGCAUCACACAGAGCGACAUAGUCUCCACUUUGCAGACGAUGAACAUGGUCAAGUACUGGAAAGGCCAGCACGUCAUUUGUGUGACACCCAAGCUGGUCGAGGAGCACAUCAAAUCGGCUCAGUUCAAGAAACCGCGACUUACAGUUGACGUUUCCGCCAUCAGGUGGUCACCGGCCCACCGGAAAACCUUCCCGAAAACCAACAAGAAGUAGUGAACUUAACAUCUUGAUUUAUUAUUCCCACCUAUACAUUAUAUCUUUGCCUUGAUGAAAUUUCUUUAUCUCGCUCUACAUCAUCAUUAUCACCCCCCUUGUAUCGUUAUACUGAGUUGCGAACAAUGCUGGAAUAACCGUAAAUAUUUUCGUUUUGGGUUUAAUCUGUUAUAAAAACAAAUUCUCGUUUA